AUGCCAUCUCCCGACAAUGUACCUUUGGUGGCUUCCCCGGACGGCUCGGAAAUAGAUGAGGAUGCAUCCAUGCAUCGUGAAACAUCCACUGAUGGUGGGAGUAUCGACCAAGCGAAUAAUGAUGGGGUUCUUUCAUCGUCGCCCGAAGAUGAUCACGCGGAAAGAAAUUAUAACGGCGGGAGGGAUGGGGAGAGAAAAUCUGCUUUUUUUGACUACAAACAAGAAAAAAUAUUGAAGCAAACAGAUGCGAAGCUGUUUUACCAACCGCAGCAACCAGGGGGCAGUGGGUGGAAUUCACCUAUAAUGCGAGCUUCGACCUGGGGUGGUGGAGGGAAUGUAAGUAGAGCCGCUAGCGUCAAAUCAAUCAACUCUUCAUACCAACACCCUAACCCGCAUUCACACGGACAUCAAUAUUUGGGACCGGCAGCAGGAGCAACGAUUGGAUCCAGUGUCGCAGGUGCCAGAGGUAUGGGUGCACCAGUAGCUCCAGUGGGAUUGGCCUCCCUCGAUAAGCCCAAGGAGCACGAAGGUAUACAGGUACCAGAGAUGAGCCGUUUUGACCCUCACGGCGUCAUAUCAAGUGCCCAAGAUCUGGCACAGCCGCAUGACAUUGCUUCUUCGCAUGGAGAGGCCCCAAGUGCUCCAAAGGGAUCAUAUGUAAACAAAGAUCCUGUACUUUCUAACGAGCUUACAACUAUCUAUACCAAUGUGCAAAAGAUCUUGGACCUUCGCCAUAAGUAUUUGCGGGUUUCCCUCCAAGGCCACGCCGAUAAUCCUAAAGACGACCCUAGCUGGAAGAUUUACCCACCCCCACCAGCUCCUGUCUGGGUUGAAGAUGCACAACGUCCUUCGACUGCUCAAGGCGAAGGUUCUAGCAACACUAACUGGGGUACUAGUAGUGGGGAGUUGAGACCAAGAGCUGAGAAUGAGAAGAAGGGAAGAAAACCAGGGCACAAUAUCGGGGAAGACUUUGUGCUUGAAGAGUGUGAAGUCCCUACGGAAGAUGAGAUGGAAUUUAAGCUUGAUGAUCAAGGCGUAUACCAGGUGUAUGAAAACAAGAAAGCGCUUGAUGUUGGCAUGCCAAUUAUUGCUAUUCCAACGCUCCGAGAGUACUAUAUGGAUCUGGAUCAAGUACUUGACAUUUCCAGUGAUGGCCCAAGUAAAAGUUUUGCCUUUAGGAGAUUGCAGUAUCUGGAGGGGAAAUGGAACUUGUACAUCUUGCUGAACGAGCAUCAGGAAAUGGCCGAUUCGAAGAGGGUGCCACACAGAGACUUUUACAAUGUCAGAAAGGUCGAUACGCACGUUCAUCACUCGGCCUGCAUGAACCAGAAGCAUCUUUUGCGUUUCAUCAAACAUAAGAUGAAGAAGAGCCCUGACGAGGUUGUGUUGUUCAGAGAUGGAAAACAUUUGACCUUGGCGGAGGUGUUCCAAAGUAUCAAUUUGACUGCCUACGAUCUCAGUAUUGAUACCUUGGAUAUGCAUGCUCAUACAGAUUCCUUUCAUCGGUUUGACAAAUUCAAUCUGAAGUACAACCCAGUCGGCGAGUCACGUUUGAGAACCAUUUUUUUGAAGACAGACAAUGAUAUCAGGGGCCGCUACUUGGCAGAAAUCACCAAGGAGGUUUUCGUCGAUUUGGAAGCCAGCAAAUACCAAAUGGCUGAAUACCGAAUCUCAAUUUAUGGCCGCUCUGAGGAUGAAUGGGAUAAACUAGCUGCAUGGGUCGUAGACAACAAGCUCUUCUCCCACAACGUCCGCUGGUUGAUCCAGAUCCCCAGACUUUACGAUAUCUACAAGUCUACCAACCUCCUCAGCUCAUUCGAUGAACUUAUUCGAAACAUCUUCAAGCCUUUGUUUGAGGUUACCAAAGAUCCAACUUCUCAUCCAAAGCUUCACAUCUUUUUACAAAGAGUUAUUGGUUUCGAUAGUGUAGACGACGAAAGUAAAGUAGAGAGAAGGACGUUCAAGAAGUUCCCAUUCCCCUCAGCUUGGAACUUCAAGACAAACCCUCCUUACAGUUACUGGCUCUACUACCUUUUCUCCAAUAUUGCCUCUUUGAAUGUAUGGAGAAAGCAGCGCGGAUUCAACACAUUUGUUCUCCGGCCUCAUUGUGGAGAAGCAGGAGACACAGAUCAUCUUGCUGCCGCGCUUCUUUGCUGCCAUUCCAUCAGCCACGGUAUCCUGUUGCGCAAGGUCCCGCUCUUGCAGUACAUCUUCUACCUUGACCGUAUUGGAAUUGCCAUGUCCCCUCUGUCUAAUAACGCACUUUUCUUGGCGUAUGAUAAGAAUCCCUUCCUCUCGUACUUCAAGCGGGGAUUGAAUGUGUCGCUAUCAACAGACGAUCCCCUUCAGUUUGCAUUUACAAAGGAGCCAUUGAUCGAAGAGUACUCUGUCGCCGCACAAAUCUACAAGCUGAGUGCUGUUGAUAUGUGUGAGCUUGCCAGAAACAGUGUGCUGCAAUCUGGAUUUGAAGGUGCUGUCAAGGCGAGGUGGCUAGGAAACGACUUCCACCUGCCGGGUGUUGCAGGAAAUAUGAUGGACAAAUCGAAUGUUCCCAACAUCAGAAUGGCUUUCAGGCAUGAGACCCGGAUGGAGGAACUUGCAAUGAUCGAACGUUACACGUCCCAGGCGAGUUCCCAGAAGCCUUCCCACGCCACUUUGCCGACAAAGCUCCUACUCCCAACUUCGGCCGCACAAGGAUCACGCCCUCACUCUCCCACAACAAGCAUGCAAACAAACCCAACCUCUGUAGCCAACUUCUCUACUACCGCAUCAAUGGGAGGACGACCAGCUUUCUUCGAAGCUAUUUCCCCGGGAUCAUCUAGGCUGAGCACAUCAUUUACGCCUUAUGAGAUUUUCCAAAACCCCAUGAAUACUGGCCUAAACAUUGCCGGUACCGAUAGAGGACAGAAUAGCGUCGAUGGCACUCAUACUCCCACCCACCCAACCCUUUCAAGGGCCAACACUCUCGCCACCAGUACGGCGAUGGAGGGUGGGGGUUCCAGGAGCCCCGGGGGGUACAUUGACGGCAUGAAGGAUCUGCAUAUCAGUGGAUCUGAGCCGCGUGUUUGGCCAGGGGCGUUUAGCAGACGUCAAACCGGUUUGUCGGAGAAGGAGGGAAGCAUUGCCAAGGCAGAAAGGUCUGGGAGUGUCGUUGAAGAGACUCCAGACGAGGCUUAA